UUCGGGAGAUUCAAAUUUCAAACAAAUGUUUAUCCCGCCCUCUAGAAUCUUCACUGCCCCCUAUAUAAGAAACACAAGGCUGCAUAAGAAGGGGACGGAGAGGAAUAGAGAGAAGAGUGAGUUAUAUUUGUGCAUCAGAGUGAGGCGGUGUUUGAGAGGAAGAAAUAGUGAGAAAUUUCUAGUUACCUGGAGACGACAAAUUUACAACAGGAGUACUUCAUCUUCAGACUUGCCUCUACUUCUAAGCACCAGAAAGGCAGAAACAGUCCCUCCAUUCCCCAAACAAACCACUCCGGCCAAAUAUGCCAACAACACCAACUCACAAAGCCUCAAAUCCCUCAUUGUUGCCCACCAAAAUCAGAAAACAAAACAACCAAAUACACCUCCAUUUGCCUUUGUGUUAACAAACAGUGCAGGUCCAAGGAGACAAAAAAGAAGCAUGUUCACAGAGAUGAAGGAGGAGAAGAGAUUUCGGCAAGGGAAAGGGCUCACCGGUGUUUUCGGCCUUCUUUCGAUGCCUAUACUGCGGUGCGUCCUGCGUAUGGGUGGCGGAAGCAAGGUCCAAGCUAGAGGGUGCACUGCACUUGUUUUUUAUGCCUGUAUCGCGGUGCGUCCUGCAUAUGGGUGGCAAAAACAAGUGUCAAAGUGAAAGCAUGGGGCUGCC